AGCAAGAACGACGAUGCUUCCUGUACCUACCUUAUCACGACUUCACGUGGCGACAAACGUUACCUGGAAGGUUCCGAGCCAUCGUACCUUACCUUAGGUAACGAGGGAAAGCAUGGAGUCUACCUUAUAAAGAGGAGGAGCAUCAAGUAUUGGAGUAUUGACGUGGUAUGUGACUCUGUUCGACCCGUCUACUUUUCCACCAAACAACAAUGCCUGUGUGCUAAACGCUGGCCUCUGUCCGUAUGCCCCGUAUACUUUGCGUCGCCUUCAACAACCUCUCGAAUCAUUGGCAAUGCAACAUUGGCCCCAAAUCUGGGCUAUAGUAGCUAUACCCCUCACUCACCGGGGCCAAUCGCCGGCCCAAGAGGGAGAUACCGAGAUGGCGACGACUCCAACGACAUGACACGGAGCGCUCGUCACUGGCCAUCUAUCACCAACGCGCCUGGGGUCUGUCCACCUCGCUAUCCGUCCGGCUUCUGUUUGUCAAGCACAUGA